AUGGCUGGGGCCUCGGUGAAGGUGGCGGUGCGCGUCCGCCCCUUCAAUUCCCGAGAAAUGAGCCGCGACUCCAAGUGCAUCAUCCAGAUGUCCGGAAGCACCACCACCAUCGUUAACCCCAAACAGCCCAAGGAGAUGCCCAAGAGCUUCAGCUUCGACUAUUCCUACUGGUCACACACCUCGCCGGAAGACAUGAACUACGCCUCGCAGAAGCAGGUGUACCGCGACAUUGGCGAGGAAAUGCUACAGCAUGCCUUCGAGGGCUACAAUGUCUGCAUCUUCGCCUACGGGCAGACCGGGGCCGGCAAGUCCUACACCAUGAUGGGCAAGCAGGAGAAGGACCAGCAGGGCAUCAUCCCUCAGCUCUGUGAGGACCUCUUCUCCCGAAUCAACGACACCACCAACGACAACAUGUCCUACUCUGUGGAGGUCAGCUACAUGGAGAUUUACUGUGAGCGUGUCCGUGACCUCCUGAACCCCAAGAACAAGGGCAACCUGCGCGUGAGGGAGCACCCGCUGCUGGGGCCCUACGUGGAGGACCUGUCCAAGCUGGCUGUCACCUCCUACAAUGACAUCCAGGACCUCAUGGACUCAGGGAACAAGGCCCGGACCGUGGCGGCCACGAACAUGAACGAGACCAGCAGCCGCUCCCACGCUGUCUUCAACAUCAUCUUCACGCAGAAGCGCCACGAUGCAGAGACCAACAUCACCACAGAGAAAGUGAGCAAAAUCAGCCUGGUGGACCUGGCCGGGAGCGAGCGGGCCGACUCCACAGGGGCCAAGGGCACGCGCCUCAAGGAGGGAGCCAACAUCAACAAGUCCCUGACCACCCUGGGCAAGGUCAUCUCCGCGCUGGCCGAGAUGGACUCUGGGCCCAACAAGAACAAGAAAAAGAAGAAGACAGACUUCAUUCCCUACAGAGAUUCGGUGCUGACCUGGCUUCUCCGGGAAAACCUGGGCGGGAACUCGCGGACAGCGAUGGUGGCGGCGCUGAGCCCCGCGGACAUCAACUACGAUGAGACACUGAGCACCCUGAGGUAUGCGGACCGGGCCAAGCAGAUUCGCUGUAACGCCGUCAUCAACGAGGACCCCAACAACAAGCUGAUCCGCGAGCUGAAGGAUGAGGUGACGCGGCUGCGGGACCUGCUGUAUGCCCAGGGUCUCGGUGACAUCGCCGACACCAACACUGUGCCCGGAGGACCCAAAUACGUGUCCGACCUUGACAACAAUAAUCGUAACCGUGGCGGGGCGGAGCUGAGUCCAGCCCCUGACAAUCUCUCCACAGUGACCAACGCCCUGGUGGGUGUGAGCCCCUCGUCCUCGCUCUCGGCCCUGUCCAGCCGUGCCGCCUCUGUGUCCAGCCUGCACGAGCGCAUCUUGUUUGCCCCGGGCAGUGAAGAGGCCAUAGAAAGGCUGAAGGAGACGGAGAAGAUCAUCGCUGAGCUCAAUGAGACCUGGGAGGAGAAGCUGCGGCGGACGGAAGCCAUCCGGAUGGAGAGGGAAGCGCUGCUGGCCGAGAUGGGUGUGGCCAUGAGGGAGGACGGCGGCACCCUGGGGGUGUUCUCUCCCAAAAAGACGCCGCAUCUCGUCAACCUGAAUGAGGACCCGCUCAUGUCCGAGUGCCUUCUCUACUACAUCAAGGAUGGGAUCACCAGAGUGGGCCGGGAAGGCGCAGAGAAGCGGCAAGACAUAGUCCUGAGCGGGCACUUCAUCAAGGAGAAGCACUGCGUCUUCCGGAGCGACUCCCGAGGGGGCAGUGAAGCCGUGGUGACCCUGGAGCCCUGUGAGGGGGCAGACACCUACGUCAAUGGCAAGAAAGUCACGGAGCCCAGUGUCCUGCGGUCAGGAAACCGCAUCAUCAUGGGAAAGAGCCACGUGUUCCGGUUCAACCACCCUGAGCAGGCAAGGCAGGAGCGUGAGCGCACGCCCUGCGCGGAGACGCCCAACGAGCCCGUGGACUGGGCCUUCGCCCAGCGCGAGCUGCUGGAGAAGCAGGGCAUCGACAUGAAGCAGGAGAUGGAGCAGAGGCUCCAGGAGCUGGAGGACCAGUACCGCCGAGAGCGCGAGGAGGCCACCUACCUCCUGGAGCAGCAGAGGCUGGACUACGAGAGCAAGCUGGAGGCCUUGCAGAAGCAGAUGGACUCCCGGUACUACCCGGAGGUGAACGAAGAGGAGGAGGGGCCGGAGGACGAAGUCCAGUGGACGGAGAGGGAGUGUGAACUGGCAGUGUGGGCCUUCCGGAAGUGGAAGUGGUACCAGUUCACGUCGCUGCGGGACCUGCUGUGGGGCAACGCCAUCUUCCUCAAGGAGGCCAACGCCAUCAGCGUCGAGCUCAGGAAGAAGGUCCAGUUCCAGUUUGUCCUCCUUACGGACACACUGUACUCCCCACUGCCGCCUGACCUGCUGCCCCCAGAGGCCGCCAAAGACCGAGAGACUCGCCCCUUCCCCCGAACCAUCGUGGCCGUGGAGGUCCAGGACCAGAAGAAUGGGGCCACCCACUACUGGACGCUGGAGAAACUUAGGCAGCGGCUGGACCUGAUGCGGGAGAUGUAUGACCGGGCGGCCGAGGUGCCCUCCAGUGUCAUCGAGGACUGUGACAACGUGGUCACUGGUGGAGACCCCUUCUACGACCGCUUCCCCUGGUUCCGGCUCGUGGGCAGUUCAGUCAUCUCUGGCUGCAACAGCUACCCACUUCUCAACACAUGCAUGAGCGAGCGCAUGGCUGCUCUCACCCCCUCCCCCGCCUCCUCGAGCCCUGACUCCGACGCCGCCGAGCCUGCUGAGGAGCAGAGCGUGGGGGAGGAGGAGGACCUGGAGGACGACGUCUUUCCGGAGCACGUGCCGUGCGACGGCCGCGACCCGUUUUACGACCGGCCCCCCCUGUUCAGUGUAGUAGGAAGGGCCUUCGUGUACCUGAGCAACCUGCUGUACCCCGUGCCCCUGGUGCACCGUGUGGCCAUCGUCAGCGAGAAGGGCGAGGUCAAGGGCUUUCUCCGCGUGGCCGUCCAGGCCAUCUCAGCCGACGAAGAGGCCCCUGAUUACGGCUCCGGCGUCCGCCAGUCGGGAACCGCCAAAAUCUCCUUUGACGACCAGCAUUUUGAGAAGUUCCAGUCCGAGUCCUGCCCCGUGGUGGGGAUGUCCCGCUCGGGGACCUCCCAGGAGGAGCUGCGGAUCGUGGAGGGCCAGGGCCAGGGUUCUGACGCGGGGCCCUCGGCCGAUGAGGUCAACAACAACACCUGCUCAGCGGUGACCCCGGAGGGCCUCCUGGACAGCCCCGAGAAAGCCGCCCUGGACGGGCCCCUGGACGCUGCCCUGGACCACCUCGGCCUGGGCAGCACCUUCACCUUCCGCGUGACCGUCCUGCAGGCGUCCAGCAUCUCCGCCGAGUACGCCGACAUCUUCUGCCAGUUCAACUUCAUCCAUCGCCAUGACGAGGCCUUCUCUACGGAGCCCCUGAAGAACACGGGGAGGGGGCCCCCACUCGGCUUCUACCACGUCCAAAACAUCGCAGUGGAGGUGACCAAGUCCUUCAUCGAGUACAUCAAGAGCCAGCCCAUCGUGUUCGAGGUCUUCGGUCACUACCAGCAGCACCCAUUCCCGCCCCUCUGCAAGGACGUGCUCAGCCCCCUGAGGCCCUCGCGCCGCCAUUUCCCGCGGGUCAUGCCACUGUCCAAGCCAGUGCCCGCCACCAAGCUCAGCACGCUGACGCGGCCCUGCCCCGGGCCCUGCCACUGCAAGUACGACCUGCUGGUCUACUUCGAGAUCUGCGAGCUGGAGGCCAAUGGCGAUUACAUCCCUGCAGUGGUGGACCACCGUGGCGGGAUGCCGUGCAUGGGGACCUUCCUGCUUCACCAGGGCAUCCAGAGACGGAUAACCGUGACACUGCUGCAUGAGACAGGAAGCCACAUCCACUGGAAGGAAGUGCGAGAGCUGGUCGUGGGUCGCAUCCGAAACACCCCGGAAACCGACGAGUCCUUAAUUGACCCCAACAUCUUGUCCCUCAACAUCCUCUCGUCUGGAUACAUCUACCCGGCCCAGGACGACCGGACCUUCUACCAGUUUGAGGCUGCGUGGGACAGCUCCAUGCACAACUCCCUCCUGCUGAACCGGGUUACCCCUUACCGAGAGAAGAUCUACAUGACCCUCUCUGCUUACGUUGAGAUGGAGAACUGCACGCAGCCGGCCGUCAUCACCAAGGACUUCUGCAUGGUCUUCUACUCCCGCGAUGCCAAGCUGCCGGCCUCGCGCUCCAUCCGUAACCUGUUCGGCAGUGGGAGCCUGCGGGCCUCCGAGAGCAAUCGCGUGACGGGCGUGUACGAGCUCAGCCUGUGCCACAUGGCCGACACGGGCAGCCCAGGGAUGCAGCGGCGGCGCCGGCGGGUGCUGGACACGUCCGUGGCCUACGUCCGGGGUGAGGAGAACCUGGCGGGCUGGAGGCCGCGGAGUGACAGCCUCAUCCUGGACCACCAGUGGGAGCUGGAGAAGCUGAGCCUCCUGCAGGAGGUGGAGAAGACCAGGCACUACCUGCUGCUGCGGGAGAAGCUGGAGACGGCCCAGCGGCCUGGUCCCGAGGCCCUGUCCCCCAUCUCCAGCGAGGACUCCGAGACCCACAGCUCGUCCACCUCCCCACUCGCGGCUGCGGGCCGGCCGUCGUCCCUGGAGGCUCCCAACGAGAGGCAGCGGGAGCUGGCGGUCAAGUGCUUACGGCUCCUCACCCACUCCUUCAACAGAGAGUACACCCACAGCCACGUCUGCGUCAGCGCCAGCGAGAGCAAGCUCUCUGAGAUGUCUGUCACCCUGCUGCGGGACCCGUCCAUGUCCCCUCUGGGGGCGGCCACGCUCACCCCCUCCUCCACCUGCCCGUCCCUGGUCGAGGGCCGGUACGGAGCUGCUGACCUGAGGACCCCACAGCCCUGCUCCCGGCCGGCCAGCCCAGAGCCUGAGCCCCUGCCGGAGGCGGAUUCCAAGAAGCCCCCUUCCCCUGCCCGGGCAACGGAGGCCGACAAGGAGCCCCGGCGCCUGCUGGUCCCUGACAUCCAGGAGAUCCGGGUCAGCCCGAUCGUCUCCAAGAAGGGGUACCUGCACUUCUUGGAGCCGCACACGGCCGGCUGGGCCAAGCGCUUUGUGGUGGUGCGGCGGCCCUACGCCUACAUGUACAACAGCGACAAGGAUGCUGUGGAGAGGUUUGUGCUCAACCUGUCCACAGCCCAAGUUGAGUACAGCGAGGACCAGCAGGCGAUGCUCAAGACCCCCAACACGUUCGCCGUGUGCACGGAGCACCGGGGCAUCCUGCUGCAGGCCAACAGCGACAAGGACAUGCACGACUGGCUGUACGCGUUCAACCCCCUCCUGGCAGGGACCAUACGGUCCAAGCUCUCCAGGAGGAGGUCUGCCCAGAUGAGGGUCUGA